GCUGCUGACGGCCGCUGCCUGCUUGUUGACUGUCGAGUGAGAGAACGAUUUGGUUUCGUGUUUAUUGAUUUUGAAUGAAAAAUUGCAAAAUGCAAAACUGAGUAGAAAUUGAAAAUAUUCAUAAUAUCGGAGCAAGUAAUUCGUAACACGAUUGAUUAAACUAUGAAAUUUGUUAAAGGCUUUGAGUUGAAGCCUUGACCCUCAAUAUAGAUUGAUUAAAUUUUCAAGGAACAUAUCGAGUCAAGAUAAAUGAUACGAGAAUUUUAUGACAGUUCAGAUGAAGAUGAAAUGGAAAGUCAGUUUCAGAUAGAUCCAGAAUGUUUGGUUCUCACUCGACCAGCUAGGGACAUGCAUAAUCGAUGUUGCGGGGGAAAAGCUUGGUGUAUUCGGGAUAUAUGUGGUAUAAUCUGUGCAAUUCUAACAUGGCUGCUGAUCCUGUAUGCGGAGUUUGUUGUUAUGAUGGUGAUGCUUUUGCCUGGUGUAUCAACUUAUCCGUUGUACAGCUAUGUAAACAUCAUCAUCUUCCAAACCCUGGCAUUCCUGGCUUUUGCCUCCCAUUUGAGAACAAUGUUCACAGAUCCCGGUGCUGUACCAAAAGGCAAUGCGACUAAGGAAAUGAUAAAACAAAUGAGCUUCCGUGAGGGUCAGGUGAUAUUCAAGUGCACCAAAUGCUGCAGCAUCAAGCCCGAAAGGGCUCACCACUGUUCCGUAUGUCAGAGAUGUAUCAGAAAGAUGGAUCACCACUGCCCCUGGGUCAACAACUGUGUUGGAGAGAACAAUCAGAAAUAUUUUGUACUGUUCACCUUUUACAUAGCCGCUAUAUCGAUCCACUCGCUGACGCUGUCGGUGUACCAGUUCGUGACGUGCAUAAGACACGAGUGGCGUGACUGCAGCACCUAUUCGCCGCCGGCUACGGUUGUUCUGUUGCUGUUCCUAAUAGCUGAGGCACUGCUGUUCGCGAUCUUCACCGCCGUUAUGCUCGGCACACAGCUGCACGCUAUUUGGAACGAUGAAACCGGUAUCGAGCAAUUGAAGAAGGAACAGGCCCGUUGGGUCCGGAAGUCAAGAUGGAAGAGCAUACAAUCGGUAUUCGGAAGAUUCUCAAUCCUAUGGUUCUCGCCUUUCACACAACCGUCACCGAAAACUAAGCUCGAGAGCUAUCUUUAUAGCGUCUAAAAUCGUUAUAAAUAUUAAACAAAUCAAACCUUUUUGUUAAUAAGUAACAUGCAUUUAAUUAUGACAAUCGUUAUAUGUAUUCUAUAUUCGAUUUUUUAUUAAUGUCAGUUUUAUCACAGAGUAGGUUAUAUUAUUUUUAUUUUAUUUUCAAUAUACUUCAUUUUAUAUCGAUGUUUAUUUUUUUAAAAUAUAUAGAUAUAUUUUAAUUAAUUUGUAACUAUCGAAUAAAUUAAGUCAGUACAGAUGUACAGCUUGUUUUUAUCGCAAUAAUAAAAAUCAGCGAUUACAAUACAAUGCAUUCCGUAGGUUAGUAUAAACGUGGCACUAACAAAAAUAAUAUUUUUUAUAACAAUAUUUAGUAUGAAUCACACCGUUCAUCCUGUCAUAUGAUUUAUGUUGACAUUUUAAAAUUCGGCAGUUAGCUUUUAACAGUUAGUAUAAAGUAAAUAUUAAUAAAUACACUAAAAUUUUUAUCAUAAUUGUAAUUUUUUUACUCAAUAAUAUUAUUAUGACAGAACUUGAUUAAUAAUGAAUACUCUUUUUUAAAUCGCUGAUUUGAAUUUAGAAUGCAAAGGAAUCGACUUAAUUUGAAAAUGGAAUGUUACGGUUUUAGAUAAUCUGUUCUUUAAAAAGGUCACAAAUAUUUUGUUUUUGUAAUUUCUUUUUUUUUACAAACCUAUUCUGUGGUAAAUCUGUGUUUUCGGUAUUUCAGUAUUUCUUAUAUAAUAAGUGCAUCAUUAUAUAGUUGUAAGUAUUGGACCUAUCAAUGUAACGAUUUCUAAAAUUAACCUUCUAAGUAUAUAUCGCGGCCUUUAAAAUAAUACAAAAUUGACGUGAGUAAUAUAUUUAUAUGAGAGUAAUUGUAAACUAGUUUAUUUAGAGAGCGAUAGUUGUUCGUAAUAGAAAUAACUGUAACAGCUAAGCGACUGGCGGGAAAAAAAAAAUCCAAAAAAAUCCAAAAAAAAAUUACAAAAUCAUUCAAAGCGAAUGAAAGAUUUUUUUUUAAACAUAUUCGCUUUCAGUACGAAACAAUUUUCUAACUUGCAUAUCGCAGCCUAAGACUCGAUUGAAAAAGUUCAAAUCACAAAAUUAUAAUAAGCAUUUAUUAUAGAUGUAAGUGUUUUAAUGCUUCAUAUAAUAAUUUUAUAUGUAUAUCAAUGUUGUAAGUGUAAUGAACAAAGAAAGAUCUCUUGGAUUUUAAGAUCUAUUUAUUUUCACUUGUUAUAUAAAUCCCAUUUACAUAUAAAAUUAAUUCGUCCUAUGACGUUUUGGUUUUCGCGGGAUAUUUUAUGCUAUAUAAGAAUUUUUUGUGGCUAUAAUUUUCAUUCAUAUACAUAUAUAUAUAUUAAUCUCAUUAAUUAAUUUAUUUGAUGCUAUUUAUAAUUGAUACAAAUUCUUUGUAAUAUUAUAUAUAUAUAUGUUUAUUUAUAUAUAUAUAUAUAUAUAUUUUUAUAUAUGUGUUUUUCUAUUAAUAUAGAAUGUAGGAUGUGAUGAAUUUUUCACCUCAAUUAGGAUAUUAAAUGCUAUUUAUGAAUAAAUAGCUUCUUUAGUGAGAUGCUGUCGUUUAAAUGAAGAAAUUGGUGAUGAUAAUUAAUUUAUUAAAUGUUAGGUAAUAAAGUGAAUGAAUUAACUUUAGUAUUAUAUACUUAUAGCAAUUUUUUAAAUUAAUAUUAUAUAAUGGAAUUGAUGUGAUGUCAACGGGAUAAUGGAAUAUGAAAAAUUGGAUGUAUAAAAUGGUUUGAUGUCUCGGUGGUAAUUUUGAAUGUUAACGGAGAAGAAUUUUGUGAGAGUAAAGUAAGAGUUUGGUCAUAAAUUAGUAUAAGAUAUGAAUUAAAUUGAUAAUAAAGACUCAAUAUUAUGAAACACCAGCGGCAAUACUUCAGGAUAUUAAAACAACUUUAUAAUUUUUAACGUCUUAGGAUUUUUAUUACAAUAUAAGCUUAAAUAGGAUACAAUAUACUCAUUAUACAUUAUACAACUAUCACUACAGUUGUAAGAUGUAGCUUACAACUAUGGUUUAUUUAAUAAAAAAAAUUAUGGUACAUACAACUGAUCGUUCAAGUCCCUAGAAAUAGGUAUUUCGUGAUAUAGGAUGACCUUGAAUUUGUCAAAUCUAAUGAUGCAAUAAUUAUUAUUAGGUUCUUUAUGUUAUUCCAAUAAUAUAUUUUGUAUAUACGGUGUUUAUAUAAAUAAUACGAUAUAUAUUUUUUUUCUAAUAAUUGUGAUAAUUCAUUUAAUAAAUAAGGCUCGGUUCACAUUAAUGUAUGUUUUAUAGUGUAAUAUCAAGCGUCCUCUUAAAAUAUAUUUCCUUCAUGAUCAUAUAAAUUAUUAUAUCAUGUUAAAUUAACAUUCCAUUAUAAUUGUUUGAUUUUAUUAUCAUCAAAUGUUGUAAUGUUGGUAACUAAAAUUAUAUAUUUUCACACAGCUGAUUGCAAAUAGACAUGAUUCAAUAGGGUUACCACCUUGAAGUAUAAUGUGUUAUUUACAACACUGAUCUGGACCUAAUAUGUUACAUCUCAAGAUUAAGAUACAAUUAAUAUCUUAAUGGCAUAUAUAAAAUUUUGAUAAAGUUUUUUCAGUUUAUAAAUAGUAUUUAUUUAACAUCAUACAAUAAAAUAUAAAAUUAUAUUCCAUUCGAAUGAACGUAUUCAUUUUUUUUUUUGUUUUUGGCCAAGUACAUUUUUGAUAUUUAAAUACAUUUUGAGACUUAAUGAUAUACAUGAUUCACGCAUACUGACGAUAAUUGUAGCCUUUAUAAAGCCUUGUAAACAGUAUUACAUCAUAUAAGUACCGGCAAAUUAUUAUUUUAUAUAUAAUUUAUUAACAUUUUAAUAUAAGUGUAGGGGAUGUAAUGAAUAAUUCGUGUCAGAUGAUACGUUUAAAUGAGGUUUUAAUUGGUUGGCCUAUAGUCGGUCUCAGCUUUUUGGGUUAUCAAUAACAUUAUGAUAUUUUAUAAUGUUAUUGUUUCCUUUUAGUUCUUAAUGGGAUUUCUUAGUUUUGCGUCUAUGAUAUUAUAUAGUAUUUUUUUUUACUGUUACAGAAUUUAGCAAAGUAUGAGCUUGCGUGAUUUAUCUAUGUGGAUGGAUGGUAUAACUUGUUAGAUCGGGGAUACCGUCGGUGUCUGUGUUAAUUAAGGAACUAGUACUAAAUUCAUUGUUGUCGAAAACAUUUCCUAGGUGUCGUGAUUGUAGCAUAAGUCUCAUAAAAUUUUGAUUAGGUUGACGUGAGCAAAGUCAAAAACAUAAGUUCGUCACAAAAUGUAUGUCAUCUAAAAUAAUUUAGUUUUAAGUGAACGGUCUGAAAUUUUAUUUUUUCUCAUCGUUUAUAUAUAAAAAUAUUAGAAAAAUGAAAUUGUAUAUUUUGUCAUUAAUAAAAAUAAUAUCUUAAUUUUUGUUUCAUGUAUACUUCUUCGGGUAAAUACAAUUAUUAAAAAAUAAAA